AUGUGUUAUCGCUGUGGUGAGUCUGGUCAUCUUGCCAAGGAUUGUGAUCUUCAGGAGGAUGCCUGCCAUAACUGUGGUCGAGGUGGCCACAUUGCCAAGGACUGCAUGGAGCCUAAGAGAAAGCAAGAGCAAUGCUGCUACACCUGUGGCAAACCAGGCUAUCUGACUCGUGACUGUGACCAUGCAGAUGAGCAGAAGUGCUAUUCUUCUGGGAAAUUUGGACAUAUUCAAAAAGACUGCACCAUAGUCAAGUACUAUAGGUGUGGUGAAACUGGUCAUGUAGCCAUCAACUGCAGCAAGACAAGUGAAGUCAACUGCUACCGCUGUGGUGAAUCAGGGUACCUUGUACAAGAAUGCAAAAUUGAGGCCACAGCUUAUUUUCUUUGUCACCCCUCCUUUUUCUGA